AUGUCGGCAUCCGAGCCUAAUCUCCUCAAGGUGCGCUUGAAACAGCGCGUGAUGGAACGUAGAUGUAGCCCAAUGAGUAAAAGACUUCCCCCAUCGCUCAAAAAGAAACUCCUAAGCUCCUGCUUGCCACCCAGCGACUCGCCCCCACAGGAGCCCCCCAAGGAGCUGAGUCCCCCCUGCGAAUCCGAGGAGUACCAGCGGCACAUGCUCUUCAGCAGCCCGUCGAUGCCCAACAUUUCCCUAGCCGCUCACCACGUCCUUUCGCCGGACCUCUCCGAGGCCGCCGUCAGGGCGGCCUGCACCGCCAGGCUGGGCAUGCCGCUAACGGGCCAGAUGCUGCCCGGUACCCUGCCGUUUUACCCCUCGCUGCCCGCCAUUGAGAGCGAGCACGAGGAGACGCCCUUGGACACCAUCAGCGAGCUGCAGGAGCCCCAAACGAGGGGAGUCAUCAGGCCGUUAGGGAGGACGCAAUCUUCACCGCUACCUCUGGGACACCCCCUGCUGGGGGGUCCGCCCCCGCCAGACCACCAGCCCCCGCAGCCGCCGCCCGAGGAGCAGGAGCAGAGAGAUUUGGAACUGAGGGCCAAUGAGUCGAGGAG